GCGGGGGGAGGUGGAGAUGCGGGGAGCGCGCCUGGCGCAGAGAGCUGAGUGGACCGCUCCAGACAGCGGCGCGUGCAGCAGCUCCUGAAAGCAGCGAGUUGGCAGAGCCGGGCUGCGUUUCCAGCAGGAGCUGCGAGCUCAGUGCGGGCUCACAACAAGAUGCUCAAGGUGUCAGCCGUAUUGUGUGUGUGUGCAGCCGCUUGGUGCAGUCAGGCUCUCGCAGCUGCCGCGGCGGUGGCUGCGGCCGGGGGGCGGUCGGACGGCGGUAAUUUUCUGGACGAUAAACAAUGGCUCACCACGAUCUCUCAGUAUGACAAGGAAGUCGGACAGUGGAACAAAUUCCGAGACGAUGAUUAUUUCCACACUUGGAGUCCAGGAAAGGCCUUCGAUCAGGCUUUGGAUCCAGCCAAAGAUCCAUGCUCAAAGAUGAAAUGUAGUCGGCAUAAGGUAUGCAUUGCUCAAGAUUCUCAGACUGCAGUCUGCAUUAGUCACCGGAGGCUUACACACAGUGCGAAGGAUGCAGGAGUGGGACACAAACAAUGGAGGGGUCCCAUAUCGUCCACCUGCAAGCAGUGCCCAGUGGUCUAUACCAACCCAGUGUGUGGUUCAGAUGGUCAUACCUACUCUUCCCAGUGCAAACUAGAAUAUCAGGCAUGUGUCUUAGGAAAACAGAUCUCAGUCAAAUGUGAAGGACGUUGCCCAUGUCCUUCAGAUAAGUCCACAAGUACAAGCAGAAACGUUAAGAGAGCAUGCAGUGACCUGGAGUUCAGGGAAGUGGCAAACAGACUGCGGGACUGGUUCAAGGCCCUUCAUGAAAGUGGAAGCCAAAACAAGAAGACAAAAGCCUUACUACGGCCUGAGAGAAGCAGAUUUGAUACCAGUAUUUUGCCGAUCUGCAAGGAUUCGCUUGGCUGGAUGUUUAAUAGACUUGAUACAAACUAUGACCUGCUACUGGAUCAGUCAGAGCUCGGAAGCAUUUACCUUGAUAAGAAUGAACAGUGUACCAAGGCGUUCUUCAAUUCUUGUGACACAUACAAGGACAGUUUGAUAUCGAACAAUGAAUGGUGCUACUGCUUCCAGAGACAGCAAGACCCACCUUGCCAGACGGAGCUCAGCAAUAUUCAGAAGCGGCAAGGGGUAAAGAAGCUCCUAGGACAGUACAUCCCCCUCUGUGAUGAAGAUGGUUACUACAAGCCAGCACAGUGCCAUGGCAGUGUUGGACAGUGCUGGUGUGUUGACAGAUAUGGAAAUGAAGUAAUGGGAUCCAGAACAAAUGGUGUUGCAGAUUGUGCUAUUGAUUUUCAGAUCUCUGGAGAUUUUGCAAGUGGAGAUUUCCAUGAAUGGACUGAUGAUGAAGAUGAUGAAGACGAUAUUAUGAAUGAUGAAGAUGAAAUUGAAGAUGAUGAUGAAGACGAAGGGGAUGACGAUGAUGAUGGUGAUGACCAUGAUGGGUACAUCUGAUUAACGAGAGCUGAGACCUAUAAAUUCUACAUUUCUAUUAUUUACAAAGUGAUAACCUAUUGAGAAUUAUCUUCUUGCCCUAAAACAAAAGGAUUCUAAAACUCACAUAUAUUUUGUAUAAUUAUUUCAAAUAUUGCAGCUAAUGUCAUAGGACUUUAUGUUUAAAUAAGAAUCAUUUAUCUUGGGUUUUUAUAUGCCUUAGAGAAAAAGAAAAUGCAUAUGGAGUCUAGCCAGAGGGAAAAAAACAUUAGGAAGAGCUACUGAUAUAAACAAAUUUUCAUAAGAACCAACUAUGUCAAUCUCCCAGAAGCAAAACAACAACCAGGACUUGAGGUUGUAUAUGUUAUUUUUCUGAGAGAUAUUCUAAGUUAAAUUUACAAUAACUUAUUAGUGGCCUGGGUCCCAAGUAUUUUAUAAAACUAAGCAUGACCUUAAUUGCUAUUCCAAGGUAGCAUCUUCCUAGAUUUACAGUGAGUGAGGGGAUACCGACGGGUAAGAAAAACGGUAACAAGUGUAGAGUCCUCCAUUGUGUUUUCAUUAAUAGUGAUGUUUUCAAUGAUGAAAUUAUUCUGGAUAUGCUAGGAUAUUUUACAAAAUGGCAAGUACGGAAAACCAUGGAUUCUGAAAGUUAAAAACUUCGUUGUCCUUUCUAAUUUUUAUUUUAAGUUGGAUAGCAUUCUCAUGUAGAAUUUUUUUAUAUUCUAAAACAGCAUGAUUUCUUUACCUUUCUCGAUUUCUUUAUCUUUCUGACCAGCGAUUUAGGGUGCAGAAUUUAAAGUAGGAAGACAAAAGGAAAGAUUAAUUUAAACUACAUUUUCACAAAAGUUUUGUCAUUU